AAUCAUACCAGGACUUAAGUAAAAGGACUGAUUGUACGCCGUACUUUGCUUCCCUGUGACCCUCGGUGAAAGCGGUGCGUGACGGAAAGAUGGCUUGUUCGAAAGCACUCCAGCGCAGCUCAGCUGUUUUGCUGCGGAAUGUACUGCCAGCCCAAGGCCAGCUGGCGAUUCGCGCUAGCUCUUGGUGGAGUGGCGUACAGAUGGGCCCACCGGAUGUUAUUCUGGGUGUAACGGAGGCCUUCAAGCGCGACACAAAUGCGAAAAAGAUCAACCUGGGUGUUGGAGCUUACCGAGACGACAAUGGCAAACCAUUCGUACUGCCGAGUGUGAAAAAGGCCGAAAAACGGCUGGCAGAGAAGCAGCUGGAUCACGAGUACUCGCCCAUUGGUGGAACGGCCGAGUUUUGCAAGCACAGCAUCCUGCUGGCGCUGGGUGAAGAUAGCGAGCACGUGGCGAACGGUCUCAAUGCCACCGUGCAGGGUAUCAGUGGAACUGGAGCGCUUCGCAUCGGUGGCGCAUUCUUGUCCAGCUUCUUCCCCGGACCGAAGGAUAUCUAUCUGCCGACGCCGUCCUGGGGUAACCAUGGACCUAUCUUCCGCCACUCGGGGUUGAACGUUAAGUCAUACCGUUACUAUGACCCAUCGACCUGUGGCUUCGAUUUCAAUGGGGCGCUAGAGGAUCUUUCGAAAAUUCCCGAGAAGUCCAUUGUACUGCUGCAUGCUUGCGCACACAACCCUACCGGUGUGGAUCCGAAACCGGAACAGUGGGCAGAAAUGUCGGCGGUCAUCAAGAAGCGCAAUCUCUUCCCAUUCUUCGAUAUGGCUUACCAGGGUUUUGCCAGUGGAGAUGUCGACAAGGAUGCGCUAGCUGUGCGCUCGUUUCUCCGUGAUGGCCAUCAGAUUGUGUUGGCCCAGAGCUUUGCGAAGAAUAUGGGCUUGUACGGCGAACGUGCCGGAGCGUUUUCGCUGAUCGCGGGCAGUAAAGACGAAGCCGACCGAACGAUGUCGCAGAUUAAGAUUAUAAUCCGACCGAUGUAUUCGAACCCCCCAAUCAACGGUGCCCGGCUGGUGGCAGAGAUCCUGGGCGACAAGCAGCUGCGCCAGGAGUGGUUGAGCGACGUGAAGCUGAUGGCGGAUCGUAUCAUAUCCGUACGUUCGACGCUGCGCAAUAACCUCAAGGAUCUAGGCUCGUCCCGCAACUGGUCGCACAUUACCGACCAGAUUGGAAUGUUCUGCUUUACCGGCAUGAACCAGCAGCAGUGCGAACGCCUGACGAAGGAAUUUAGCGUCUAUUUGACCAAGGACGGACGUAUUUCGAUGGCUGGAGUUACGUCGAAAAACGUUAAAUACCUAGCCGAAGCUAUCCAUGCCGUUACGAAGUAGACAACUAAUAACUUUUAUUUUGCGAGAAAAAAGAGAAUGUGGGCUGUCAUGUUAAAUUUAGCGCAUUUAGAAUGCAUUUUCUUCAUCAAUCCCGUACAGUGCUUUGAACAAUACCGCUGAGGCAAAAAACAAAAACAAAGUAAUAUUAUGCGACACGUUUCCUAAAUGGACGAAAGAUGUAUUUACGGAAGGCAUUUUUGUACCCAUUUAUCUAAUAUAGCACCUUUGCGACCUAGUUUGUAUAGAACGUAGCGCUGCACAGUUAUCGACGGCGUGUUCUGAUGAAUAACGCCUUCAUAUCAAAUGAAAUUGAGACUAGAACAGAAGCUUAGCUUUACCGAAAUCAAUCAAAUUGAUGGUUAGCGUAUAUUUUGUUAUUGUUUUCAUUUUUGAGCACCUCUUUCGGAUACUUUUUCUAUUACAUUUGAUAUUCUUGAAAUAUACACCACAGUAAGUGCACUGAUGAGCACAUUAGUAUUGUAGCUAAACAGGGAUGGUGCAGGCAAAAAAAGGUUAAAAGGCUGUAAUGAUGAAACUGUUUCCAAGAGCUCGAGCUGGGUGUAUUUAAACCAAAAUAGAUGACUGCUGGUAGUAAAACGUCCUACACAUCACU